CCACCCUGGUCACCACCUGUUUAACUUGCCGCCCUCUUCCAGGCGUUACAGGUUCCAGUUCGGCUGCCCCAUGUUAAUUCAGCUGAGUGUGUGCUGACGAAUUGGAUUGUAGUUUCUGAGCUUUUAACCCUUCAGUUGCUGAAACUACUGUGUAGCCUGAUAAUGUAGUGCCAUCUACAAAGUGUACACUCCCUUCUUGUAAAGGGAUUUCUUUUAAAUCAUGUUUGCAUUUUGUUAAUUUUUCAGCCAAUUCUUGACAAUUACACUGCCUUGUGAAAGUAUUUGACCCUCUAAAACUUUUCAAUCUUUCGCCACAUUUCAGGCUUCAAACAUAAAGACAUAAUUUUUUUUUUUUUUGUCAAGAAUCAACAACAAGUAAGACACAAUCGUGAAAUUGAAAGAAAUUUAUUGGAUAUUUUAUACUUUUUUUAACAUAAAAAAACUGAAAAGUGUGGUGUGCAAUAUUAUUCAGCCCCUUUACUUUCAGUGCAGCAAACUCACUCCAGAAGUUCAGUGAGGAUCUCUGAAUGAUCCAAUGUUGACUGAUGAUGAUAGAAUCCAUCUGUGUGUAAUCAAGUCUUCGUAUAAAUGCACCUCCUCUGUGAUAGUCUCAGGGUUCUGUUUAAAGGGCAGAGUGCAUCAUGAAGACCAAGGAACACACCAGGCAGGUCCAAGAUUCUGUUGUGACGUUUAAAGCCGGAUUUGGAUACAAAAAGAUUUCCCAAGUUUUAAACAUCUCAAGGUGCACUGUGCAUGCCAUCAUAUUGAAAUGGAAGGAAUAUCAGACCACUGCAAAACUACCAAGACCCGGCCGUCCUUCUAAACCUUCACCUCGAACAAAGAGAAGACUGAUCAGAGAUGGAGCCAAGAGGCCCAAGAUCACUCUGGAUGAACUGCAGAGAUUUAUAGCUGAGGAAGGAGUCUGUCCAUGGGACAACAAUUAGUCGUACACUGCACAAAUCUGGCCUCAUGGGAGAGUGGUAAGAAUAAAGCACAAAGAUAUCCAUAAAAUGUCCCGUAUAAAUUUUGCCACAAGCCACCUGGGAAACACACCAAACAUUUGGAAGAAGGUGCUCUGGUCAGAUGAAACCAAAAUCAAACUUUUUGGCCACAAUGCAAAAUUAUAUGUUUGCCGAAAAAGCAACACAGCUCACCACCCUGAACACACAAUCCCCACUGUGAAACAUGGUGGUGGCAGCCUCUUGGUUUUGGCUUUCUUUUCUUUAGCAGGGACAGGGAAGAUGGUUAAAAUUGAUGGAAACAUGAAUGGAGCUAAAUACAGGACCAUUCUGGAAGAAAACUUGUUGGAGUCUGCAAAAGACCUGAGACUGGGACGGUGAUGUAUCUUCCAACAGGACGAUGAUCGAAAACAUAAAGCCAAAGCUAUAAUGGAAUGGUUCACAAAUAAAUGUAUCUAGGUGUUACAAUUGCCAAGUCAAAGUCCAGACCUGAAUCCAAUCGAGAAUCUGUUGGCAGAGCUGAAGAUUGCUGUUCGUUCUCCAUCCAACCUCACUGAGCUCGAGCUGUUUUGCAAGGACAAAUGGGCAAGAAUUUCAAUUUCUUGAUGUGCAAAACUGAUAGAGACUUGCAGCUAUAAUUGCAGCAAAAGAUGGCGCUACAAAGGAUUAAUGCAAGGGGGCCAAAUAAUAUUGUAUGGCCCACUUUACAGGUUUUUAUUUGUUAAAAAAGUAUAAAAUUUCCAAUAAAUUUCAUUACACUUCAUGAUUGACUUUUACCAAAGUGAGUGACAUUGCUGGUGAGUUGCAAAUCAGUCCCGCCUCCAACUGGUCACUGGCUGCUCAUGGGUAAGUUGCCAAAUAUUCAGAAGCCCCCCCUCAUCCUCACUAAACAUCGUAUUGAUGAUGCACUGGUUCUCCUCCCGAAGUCAAUGGAUGAUACACCUGUCUUUCUCCAUGGCCUAACAAAACUCCUCCCUCCACCGGAGUUUUUACCUUAGCAACCACCAAGGUGUAUUCUGCUUGGCAAGCUGAUACUCAUCAGCUCCCACAGGACUCUCAUAAGCCAAAAAUGGCCCAUAGGAAUCCCUCUUCAGCUUGACAACAUCCCACACUGCUAGUGUCCACGAAUUGGUUUGUGGGUCCCACUACGGCUCGCACCGACCACAUUACGGCCACAGCUCUAGUUGUCCGCCUCAAUACUGGAGAUGCAGGACAUGGUAUAUUCUGACUCUUUGGGGACAUUGGCUAAAUUUUGCGCAUCUGGGUCUCACCAUCAUUGCCCACGAGGGUCCCACAGCAGAAGCACUCUCCAGCACCCCUCUUAAGAAUUCCAAAGAGUUUGGGUACUCCGAACUGCUGGUUUUUUUUGCAUCGUUACAAACAACACUCGGGACGUGUCCCUCCACUUGAAGGCAUAGGGAGGCUACUCUCUCGUCCAAAGGGAUGAACCUCAAUGUACAAGUGCUGAGCUGGCCAGCAAUAUAUAUAAGUAAGUAUACUCUCACCUGCUUUCCACCUCUCCCCGUUGGCAAAUCUGUGGAAGUGAGUCCAUCCACCCUGCAUGAAACUGAUGCCAAACGGAGCCCAUGCUGCAUGUGGAGGUGAGUCUGACUAUAUCUAGUCAGUCCUCCUCAACCUCACACACCAGCUCUGGCUUCUUCCUUCCCAGGUUGAUGAUGUUCCACAUUCCCAGGGCGAGCUUCUGUAGCCGGGGAUUGGAUUGCCAAGGUCUCUGCCUUUGGCCACCGCCGAGCUCACACCGCACCAGACCCCUAUUACCGCCUCUCACAGGUGGUGAGCCGAUGGGAAUGGGGACCCAUGUCAUCCUUUCGGGGCUAUGCUUGGCUGCGCAUCAUGGUGGGGGCCCAAGGCUACCAGGCACUCGCCUUUUAGCUGCACCUCCGGCUGGGGCCCCUAUGACCUGUGACCUGGUAUGGAGAACGAUGACAGUGCUGUGCAAUACGCUAUUGGGCGCUCUGAUACAGUAGCGCCUGGCGUAGGAAUUGAUCUAGAAUUUGAUGCUGAUGUACAGACAAUGUCUCCCGAAGCUUCUGAGUAUGAGACUUGCUAUGUUACCUCCCAUAAGGGACCCUGUCGCGUUGCGACAUAUAGUCGUGAUGGCCAACUAAUCGCCACAGGCUCUGCUGAUGCUUCGAUAAAGAUACUGGACACUGAGCGUAUGCUAGCCAAAAGUGCUAUGCCAAUUGAGGUUAUGAUGAAUGAGACAGCUCAGCAAAACAUGGAGAAUCACCCUGUGAUUCGAACACUGUAUGACCACGUCGAUGAAGUCACCUGCUUGGCCUUCCACCCAACUGAACAGAUCCUUGCUUCUGGCUCAAGAGAUUAUACCCUCAAACUAUUUGACUACUCAAAGCCCUCUGCAAAAAGAGCAUUUAAAUAUAUUCAGGAAGCUGAGAUGCUGCGUUCUAUCUCCUUUCAUCCAUCUGGAGAUUUCCUUCUGGUUGGAACACAGCACCCCACACUGCGUCUUUAUGAUGUCAACACCUUUCAGUGUUUUGUGUCCUGCAACCCUCUGGACCAGCAUACAGACACGAUUAGCGGUGUCAGUUACAAUCCUACAGCCAACAGCUACGUCACCUGCAGUAAGGACGGUAGCAUUAAACUGUGGGAUGGUGUAUCCAAUCGCUGUGUGACCACCUUUGACAAAGCUCAUGAUGGAACAGAGGUCUGUUCAGCUAUCUUUACGAAGAACUCAAAGUACAUCCUGUCCAGUGGGAAAGAUUCAGUGGUCAAACUGUGGGAAAUAUCAACAGGCCGAAUGUUGGUGAAAUACACAGGUGCUGGUCUUAGUGGUCGUCAGAUGCAUCGUACACAGGGUGUGUUUAACCACACAGAGGAUUAUGUUCUUCUUCCUGAUGAGCGCACAAUCAGCCUUUGCUGCUGGGAUUCCCGUACAGCAGAGAGGAAAAACCUGCUCUCUCUGGGUCACAACAACAUUGUCCGCUGCAUUGUCCACUCGCCCACCAAUCCUGGUUUCAUGACUUGCAGUGAUGACUUCAGGGCUCGUUUCUGGUACCGGCGCACCACCACAGAUUGACCUGUCUUGCCACAUCUUUUGACUCAGAGAAGCAAAGGAUUUAACACGCAGGACUUGUGUGCAGCAACAACAAAGUCAAAUGCUGUGGAAUCUUCAAGUUAGAUACAAUUGAAUUUAUUUUAUUUUUUUUCUGAGCAAUUGUACCCUCUUUUUAAUACUAUUUUGUCACGCUCGUCCACAAAGACCAUAAAGUGUUCCCCCCUGCAACACUUUGAUUUUGUUCAUGUCUUAAUCCUUUUUUUUAAACUUUUUUCCUCUUGUUACAUGUGAAUUUAGACUAAAAUCCCCUUGCUCAAACCAACAAAAUAUGACAAAGCAGUUGUAUUGUGUCUAAGACAAUUUAAUCACACAGGCAACAAUACAACACAAAAACUAUAAAACCACUAACACGAAAUAGAAGUUCAAAGACUGAGUAGUUGAGCCAAGCUACGAAUAGUCACCAGAGUUGAACAACCAGGCAAAUUUCCAGAGACGAAAGGCAGAAUGCAGUGUGGCGUGUACUUGUAUACUUGUCCAAAGAGUGGUGGUAUGAAGCUCCGUUGACGGUCCUUCUCUGUCUUCUUAUAUAGGCACUCCUCGGAACAUUUCAGAAAUCUGUAUCACAGAAGAACCGCAUCAUAACACAAAAAUAUGAAAGGAAAAUAAAGAAUAAAAAUACACACAUAACACACUGUACAGAGUUGAAUUAAAAAAAAUGUAUUCUUAACAUUAAUGACUGGUAUUCUAUAGUAGUACAAGACUGAUGUUAAACAUGGAUGUGAGCACCAAUGUUUGUUGUCCUCGAGCUUCUGCGGUUUCCUUUCUGCGUUCUGUGAGUACAACUUUUUGUGCAAUUGUCAAUGUGUUUUCAAAUCACAUAGCGUCUCCAGUGAACUUUUAUGAAUGCUAAAAAUUCAAAGUUUUUAUAAAUACAUUUCAUAUUCUUGGUGCAUAAUAAACUAAUAAUGACUUGAAACUCUAGAGAGGCUGGGUUGUAAGGGUGAGUGAGAGGAGGGAGGAAGAGUUGCUGGGUAGGGCUUCGACUAUGCGCACAUGCUCUCAUUGUUUGUCACGCCGGGGACCAAUCAUUCGCCUUGUAUCAAUGUGUCUUCCUGUUAUACACUAUAUACUGUCUUUUUUUGUGGGUGUGUGUUUGUGGAGGGGGGGUGAUGCACUGAAGCCGCAAUAGGUGAAGCGUGAAGUAAAGAGGGAUUACUGUAUAUUAUAUUUAUAAGGUUUUAUAAACAUUGAACUAAAUACCCAUUUUGUCUCAAAUAUGCAAAGUACAAAUACUGUUUACAUUUUUUUAACUGUUCUGGUGCCCACAUAAACACAUCCCCCGCUACUAAGCAGUUUUUCACUUUUCCCAUGUGGUUCUGGUCCCAAUUAACCACAAAAAAUUAAGAGUAACAAGCGUUGUACAAAUGGCAUGACCACAAUAUGAACUCUUAACUUGUGCAGGAUAAAUUCUCCACUCUAUGUUUGUUCCUUUACAAACUAAUAAAUCAGUCGCUCUAUACGCUUCUCAAGCUCUGCAGGGAAAAAAAAAGUAAGGUUCAAGAGAUUGUUUUCAAAUAUUUAAAAGAAUAUGCCUUAAGACACCCGGAGGACGACCCAGGACAUGCUGGAGAGACUGUCUCUCGGCUGGCUUGGGAAAGCCUCGGGAUCCCUCCGGAAGAAGUUCCUGGGGAAAGGGAAGUCUGGGUAUCCCUGCUGAAGCUACUUCCCCUGCGACCCGACCCGGAAAAGCGGAAGAUAAUGGAUGGAUGGAUGGAUGGAUAAAAGAAUAUGCCACUUUAUUUUUAUUGACAAUGAUCUAUCGCAAAUCAAACACCCACUUAAUCCGCUUGUUCACCGUGAUGUGGUGAAUGGUGUGACGAUCCAUGUCGAAGUUUUUCGUGGACGCUUGCUUCGAUGCACGCUUCAAUGGAAAAACAAAAGCUACAAAGUCAAGAUAAGAAGGUCUGCCUUCAGGAACAAUCGCAUCACUGCUCGCAACUUUGGUCGAAUAUUGGCUGCAGUUGGACAACUCUUACCCUCCCUCACUCUGUUUUGGACUGGGGGAUCCUUCAUGAGAACCUGUUGCUCUUACAGAGUACACACGCAUCACUGGCCAGCCUGGAUCUCCAACAGGACUUGGACACUCUCCAAGUGGUGUUCUUUGAGCUUUGCCGUAUGGAAUCGUUGAGAUCAAUUGCCCUUGGUCAUCAAAAAAUUAAACACCCACCCCAGCACGUAGCUGAGAAGGACUUUUGUCUAUAGAUGAGGUUACUGGCUCAUGGAAGCUAAAAAGGGACCAUGCUUACUGGCACCAAAUAUAAAGGGUCAUCUGUACCUGGCGGGGUGUUACAAGUUUGUGGUGUGGACUCUUAAGGAAAGAGAAAUUAUUCCUAUGAUGAGGGAUCCAUCUUGGGCUUUGAACCUGGUUGUACGUCACACAUUUUACAAAACUGUUUUCCUGCCAAGUGUUUUGGAAGAUUUGUAAAAAUGUCAGUCAGGAUAUGUGUUUAAGAAUCACAUGCUGAAUAUAUCUGUAUGCCAGUUUUUUUCA